UUCUGUUUUGCUUUCAAAAUUUUGCAAUGGAUCAGAUGAGAUAUUUAUAUCAUCAUCGAGCAGUAUGACAAUAUAUUUUAGAUCUGAUUCCAGUGUGACCAGACGUGGGUUCGCUGCAAACUACUCCUCUCUGCCAAACAAUGAUGGUGGAUCUUGUGGAGGGUAUCUUGAUGCUGCUUAUGGUUCUAUUCUCAGUCCCAAAUAUCCAUUUCCCUAUCCAAAUAAUGCACAAUGCUCUUGGUAUAUAAGAGGGGACAGAAACCAAAUCAUAAAGCUGCAAUUCACUUACGUUGAGCUCGAAUAUACAUCAGGGUGCUCAUAUGAUUAUAUUGCUAUAUAUGAUGGGCCCACAACAAAUUCUGUUUUGCUUUUGAAAUUUUGCAAUGGAUCAGAUGAGAUAUUUACAUCAUCAUCGAACAGUAUGACAAUAUAUUUUAGAUCUGAUUCCAGUGUUACUAGACGUGGGUUUGCUGCAAACUACUCCUCUCUGCCAAACAAUGAUGAAACCUUCACAACACCAACAUCAGGUGGAACUUGCGGAGGGUAUCUUGAUGCUGCCUAUGGGUCUGUUAUCAGUCCCAAUUAUCCUUCCCCCUAUCCAAAUGAUGCACAAUGCACUUGGUAUAUAAGGGGGAGAAGAAACCAAAUCAUAAAGCUGGAAUUCACUUACAUUGAGCUCGAAUAUACAUCAGGGUGCUCAUAUGAUUAUAUUGCAAUAUACGAUGGACCCACAACAAAUUCUGUUUUGCUUUCAAAAUUUUGCAAUGGAUCAGAUGAGAUAUUUAUAUCAUCAUCGAGCAGUAUGACAAUAUAUUUUAGAUCUGAUUCCAGUGUGACCAGACGUGGGUUCGCUGCAAACUACUCCUCUCUGCCAAACAAUGAUGGUGGAUCUUGUGGAGGGUAUCUUGAUGCUGCUUAUGGUUCUAUUCUCAGUCCCAAAUAUCCAUUUCCCUAUCCAAAUAAUGCACAAUGCUCUUGGUAUAUAAGAGGGGACAGAAACCAAAUCAUAAAGCUGCAAUUCACUUACGUUGAGCUCGAAUAUACAUCAGGGUGCUCAUAUGAUUAUAUUGCUAUAUAUGAUGGGCCCACAACAAAUUCUGUUUUGCUUUUGAAAUUUUGCAAUGGAUCAGAUGAGAUAUUUACAUCAUCAUCGAACAGUAUGACAAUAUAUUUUAGAUCUGAUUCCAGUGUUACUAGACGUGGGUUUGCUGCAAACUACUCCUCUCUGCCAAACAAUGAUGAAACCUUCACAACACCAACAUCAGGUGGAACUUGCGGAGGGUAUCUUGAUGCUGCCUAUGGGUCUGUUAUCAGUCCCAAUUAUCCUUCCCCCUAUCCAAAUGAUGCACAAUGCACUUGGUAUAUAAGGGGGAGAAGAAACCAAAUCAUAAAGCUGGAAUUCACUUACAUUGAGCUCGAAUAUACAUCAGGGUGCUCAUAUGAUUAUAUUGCAAUAUACGAUGGACCCACAACAAAUUCUGUUUUGCUUUCAAAAUUUUGCAAUGGAUCAGAUGAGAUAUUUAUAUCAUCAUCGAGCAGUAUGACAAUAUAUUUUAGAUCUGAUUCCAGUGUGACCAGACGUGGGUUCGCUGCAAACUACUCCUCUCUGCCAAACAAUGAUGGUGGAUCUUGUGGAGGGUAUCUUGAUGCUGCUUAUGGUUCUAUUCUCAGUCCCAAAUAUCCAUUUCCCUAUCCAAAUAAUGCACAAUGCUCUUGGUAUAUAAGAGGGGACAGAAACCAAAUCAUAAAGCUGCAAUUCACUUACGUUGAGCUCGAAUAUACAUCAGGGUGCUCAUAUGAUUAUAUUGCUAUAUAUGAUGGGCCCACAACAAAUUCUGUUUUGCUUUUGAAAUUUUGCAAUGGAUCAGAUGAGAUAUUUACAUCAUCAUCGAACAGUAUGACAAUAUAUUUUAGAUCUGAUUCCAGUGUUACUAGACGUGGGUUUGCUGCAAACUACUCCUCUCUGCCAAACAAUGAUGAAACCUUCACAACACCAACAUCAGGUGGAACUUGCGGAGGGUAUCUUGAUGCUGCCUAUGGGUCUGUUAUCAGUCCCAAUUAUCCUUCCCCCUAUCCAAAUGAUGCACAAUGCACUUGGUAUAUAAGGGGGAGAAGAAACCAAAUCAUAAAGCUGGAAUUCACUUACAUUGAGCUCGAAUAUACAUCAGGGUGCUCAUAUGAUUAUAUUGCAAUAUACGAUGGACCCACAACAAAUUCUGUUUUGCUUUCAAAAUUUUGCAAUGGAUCAGAUGAGAUAUUUAUAUCAUCAUCGAGCAGUAUGACAAUAUAUUUUAGAUCUGAUUCCAGUGUGACCAGACGUGGGUUCGCUGCAAACUACUCCUCUCUGCCAAACAAUGAUGGUGGAUCUUGUGGAGGGUAUCUUGAUGCUGCUUAUGGUUCUAUUCUCAGUCCCAAAUAUCCAUUUCCCUAUCCAAAUAAUGCACAAUGCUCUUGGUAUAUAAGAGGGGACAGAAACCAAAUCAUAAAGCUGCAAUUCACUUACGUUGAGCUCGAAUAUACAUCAGGGUGCUCAUAUGAUUAUAUUGCUAUAUAUGAUGGGCCCACAACAAAUUCUGUUUUGCUUUUGAAAUUUUGCAAUGGAUCAGAUGAGAUAUUUACAUCAUCAUCGAACAGUAUGACAAUAUAUUUUAGAUCUGAUUCCAGUGUUACUAGACGUGGGUUUGCUGCAAACUACUCCUCUCUGCCAAACAAUGAUGAAACCUUCACAACACCAACAUCAGGUGGAACUUGCGGAGGGUAUCUUGAUGCUGCCUAUGGGUCUGUUAUCAGUCCCAAUUAUCCUUCCCCCUAUCCAAAUGAUGCACAAUGCACUUGGUAUAUAAGGGGGAGAAGAAACCAAAUCAUAAAGCUGGAAUUCACUUACAUUGAGCUCGAAUAUACAUCAGGGUGCUCAUAUGAUUAUAUUGCAAUAUACGAUGGACCCACAACAAAUUCUGUUUUGCUUUCAAAAUUUUGCAAUGGAUCAGAUGAGAUAUUUAUAUCAUCAUCGAGCAGUAUGACAAUAUAUUUUAGAUCUGAUUCCAGUGUGACCAGACGUGGGUUCGCUGCAAACUACUCCUCUCUGCCAAACAAUGAUGGUGGAUCUUGUGGAGGGUAUCUUGAUGCUGCUUAUGGUUCUAUUCUCAGUCCCAAAUAUCCAUUUCCCUAUCCAAAUAAUGCACAAUGCUCUUGGUAUAUAAGAGGGGACAGAAACCAAAUCAUAAAGCUGCAAUUCACUUACGUUGAGCUCGAAUAUACAUCAGGGUGCUCAUAUGAUUAUAUUGCUAUAUAUGAUGGGCCCACAACAAAUUCUGUUUUGCUUUUGAAAUUUUGCAAUGGAUCAGAUGAGAUAUUUACAUCAUCAUCGAACAGUAUGACAAUAUAUUUUAGAUCUGAUUCCAGUGUUACUAGACGUGGGUUUGCUGCAAACUACUCCUCUCUGCCAAACAAUGAUGAAACCUUCACAACACCAACAUCAGGUGGAACUUGCGGAGGGUAUCUUGAUGCUGCCUAUGGGUCUGUUAUCAGUCCCAAUUAUCCUUCCCCCUAUCCAAAUGAUGCACAAUGCACUUGGUAUAUAAGGGGGAGAAGAAACCAAAUCAUAAAGCUGGAAUUCACUUACAUUGAGCUCGAAUAUACAUCAGGGUGCUCAUAUGAUUAUAUUGCAAUAUACGAUGGACCCACAACAAAUUCUGUUUUGCUUUCAAAAUUUUGCAAUGGAUCAGAUGAGAUAUUUAUAUCAUCAUCGAGCAGUAUGACAAUAUAUUUUAGAUCUGAUUCCAGUGUGACCAGACGUGGGUUCGCUGCAAACUACUCCUCUCUGCCAAACAAUGAUGGAUACUGCAGCGUUUAUUCAGUGAGAGCACUUGCAAAAAGAGGAUUAUUUAAAAUUACAUCAGAAGCAAUGACGACUGAAUCCACAGAAACAGCAAUGACGACUGAAUCCACAGAAACAGCAAUGAUGAAUGAAUCUACAGAAACAGGUGGAUCUUGUGGAGGGUAUCUUGAUGCUGCCUAUGGGUCUGUUCUCAGUCCCAAUUAUCCAUAUCCCUAUCCAAAUAAUGCACAAUGCACUUGGUAUAUAAAAGUAGAUGGAAACGAAAGAAUAAAGCUGGAAUUCACAUACAUUGAGCUGGAAUAUACAUCAACGUGCUCAACGGAAUAUAUUGCAAUAUACGAUGGGCCCUCAACAAAUUCAGUUUUGCUUUCUAAAUUCUGCUCCUGGCCAUAUCAGAAACUUGUAUCAUCAUCGAACAGUAUGACAAUUUAUUUUACAUCUGAUUCCAGUGUCCCUAAAAGUGGGUUUGCUGCAAACUACUACACUCUGCAAAAUGAUACUGCGAUGACAACUGAAGCUACAGCAACAGAAACUUUUGAAUCUGCAUCAAAUGGUGGAUCUUGUGGAGGGUACCUUGAUGCUGCCUAUGGGUCUGUUCUCAGUCCCAAUUAUCCACACUCCUAUCCAAAUAAUGCACAAUGCACUUGGUAUAUAAGAAGGUAUGGAAAUGAAAGAAUAAAGCUGGAAUUCACAUACAUUGAGCUGGAAUAUACAUCAAAGUGCUCAUCUGAAUAUAUUGCAAUAUAUGAUGGGCCCUCAACAAAUUCAGUUUUGCUUUCUAAAUUCUGCUCCUGGCCAUAUCAGAAACUUGUAUCAUCAUCGAACAGUAUGACAAUUUAUUUUAGAUCUGAUUCCAGUGUUACUAAAAGUGGGUUUGCUGCAAACUACUACACUCUGCGAAAUGAUACCGCAAUGACGACUGAAGCUACAACAGUUUUAACAGAGGCUUCUGAACACAGAACAACAGAGACUUCUGAAACUACAGCAACUGGACACGGCUCAUGCAGAUACAACUGUGGGGGAAAUUCAUCAGAUUGUUCCUGUGAUUACAGCUGUCAAUAUUAUGGCAACUGUUGUUCUGAUUUCUGUGAUCACUGUUCUUACAUUAAUUACGGAUACUGCAGUGUUUAUUCAACAACAGUUUUAACAGAGACUUCUAAGCCCGGAACAACAGCAGAGACUUCUGAAACUACAGCAACAGGACACGGCUCAUGCAGAUACAACUGUGGGGGAAAUUCAUCAGGUUGUUCCUGUGAUUACAGCUGUCAAUUUUAUGGCAACUGUUGUUCUGAUUUCUGUGAUCACUGCUCUUACAUUAAUUACGGAUAUUGCAGUGUUUCUUCAACAACAGAGACUUCUGAACGCAUAACAACAGAGAAUUCUGAAAGUACAUCAACAGGACAAGGCUCAUGCAGAUACAACUGUGGGGGAAAUUCAUCAGGUUGUUCCUGUGAUUACAGCUGUCAAUUUUAUGGCAACUGUUGUUCUGAUUUCUGUGAUCACUGCUCUUACAUUAAUUACGGAUAUUGCAGUGUUUCUUCAACAGAGACUUCUGAACGCAUAACAACAGAGAAUUCUGAAAGUACAUCAACAGGACAAGGCUCAUGCAGAUACAACUGUGGGGGAAAUUCAUCAGGUUGUUCCUGUGAUUACAGCUGUCAAUUUUAUGGCAACUGUUGUUCUGAUUUCUGUGAUCACUGCUCUUACAUUAAUUACGGAUAUUGCAGUGUUUCUUCAACAACAGAGACUUCUGAACGCAUAACAACAGAGAAUUCUGAAAGUACAUCAACAGGACAAGGCUCAUGCAGAUACAACUGUGGGGGAAAUUCAUCAGGUUGUUCCUGUGAUUACAGCUGUCAAUUUUAUGGCAACUGUUGUUCUGAUUUCUGUGAUCACUGCUCUUACAUUAAUUACGGAUAUUGCAGUGUUUCUUCAACAACAGAGACUUCUGAACGCAUAACAACAGAGAAUUCUGAAAGUACAUCAACAGGACAAGGCUCAUGCAGAUACAACUGUGGGGGAAAUUCAUCAGGUUGUUCCUGUGAUUACAGCUGUCAAUUUUAUGGCAACUGUUGUUCUGAUUUCUGUGAUCACUGCUCUUACAUUAAUUACGGAUAUUGCAGUGUUUCUUCAACAACAGAGACUUCUGAACGCAUAACAACAGAGAAUUCUGAAAGUACAUCAACAGGACAAGGCUCAUGCAGAUACAACUGUGGGGGAAAUUCAUCAGGUUGUUCCUGUGAUUACAGCUGUCAAUUUUAUGGCAACUGUUGUUCUGAUUUCUGUGAUCACUGCUCUUACAUUAAUUACGGAUAUUGCAGUGUUUCUUCAACAACAGAGACUUCUGAACGCGUAACAACAGAGAAUCCUGAAAGUACAUCAACAGGACAAGGCUCAUGCAGAUACAACUGUGGGGGAAAUUCAUCAGGUUGUUCCUGUGAUUACAGCUGUCAAUUUUAUGGCAACUGUUGUUCUGAUUUCUGUGAUCACUGCUCUUACAUUAAUUACGGAUAUUGCAGUGUUUCUUCAACAACAGAGACUUCUGAACGCGUAACAACAGAGAAUCCUGAAAGUACAUCAACAGGACAAGGCUCAUGCAGAUACAACUGUGGGGGAAAUUCAUCAGGUUGUUCCUGUGAUUACAGCUGUCAAUUUUAUGGCAACUGUUGUUCUGAUUUCUGUGAUCACUGCUCUUACAUUAAUUACGGAUAUUGCAGUGUUUCUUCAACAACAGAGACUUCUGAACGCGUAACAACAGAGAAUCCUGAAAGUACAUCAACAGGACAAGGCUCAUGCAGAUACAACUGUGGGGGAAAUUCAUCAGGUUGUUCCUGUGAUUACAGCUGUCAAUUUUAUGGCAACUGUUGUUCUGAUUUCUGUGAUCACUGUUCUUACAUUAAUUACGGAUACUGCAGUGUUUCUUCAACAACAGAGACUUCUGAACGCAUAACAAUAGAGAAUUCUGAAACUACAUCAAGAGGACACGGCUCAUGCAGAUACAACUGUGGGGGAAAUUCAUCAGGUUGUUCCUGUGAUUACAGCUGUCAAUUUUAUGGCAACUGUUGUUCUGAUUUCUGUGAUCACUGCUCUUACAUUAAUUACGGAUAUUGCAGUGUUUCUUCAACAACAGAGACUUCUGAACCUACAACAGGACACGGCUCAUGCAGAUACAACUGUGGGGGAUAUUCAUCAGGUUGUUCCUGUGAUUACAGCUGUCAAUUUUAUGGCAACUGUUGUUCUGAUUUCUGUGAUCACUGCUCUUACGUUAAUUACGGAUAUUGCAGUGUUUCUUCAACAACAGAGACUUCUGAACCUACAACAGGACACGGCUCAUGCAGAUACAACUGUGGGGGAUAUUCAUCAGGUUGUUCCUGUGAUUACAGCUGUCAAUUUUAUGGCAACUGUUGUUCUGAUUUCUGUGAUCACUGCUCUUACGUUAAUUACGGAUAUUGCAGUGUUUCUUCAACAACAGAGACUUCUGAACCUACAACAGGACACGGCUCAUGCAGAUACAACUGUGGGGGAUAUUCAUCAGGUUGUUCCUGUGAUUACAGCUGUCAAUUUUAUGGCAACUGUUGUUCUGAUUUCUGUGAUCACUGCUCUUACAUUAAUUACGGAUAUUGCAGUGUUUCUUCAACAACAGAGACUUCUGAACCUACAACAGGACACGGCUCAUGCAGAUACAACUGUGGGGGAUAUUCAUCAGGUUGUUCCUGUGAUUACAGCUGUCAAUUUUAUGGCAACUGUUGUUCUGAUUUCUGUGAUCACUGCUCUUACAUUAAUUACGGAUAUUGCAGUGUUUCUUCAACAACAGAGACUUCUGAACCUACAACAGGACACGGCUCAUGCAGAUACAACUGUGGGGGAUAUUCAUCAGGUUGUUCCUGUGAUUACAGCUGUCAAUUUUAUGGCAACUGUUGUUCUGAUUUCUGUGAUCACUGCUCUUACAUUAAUUACGGAUAUUGCAGUGUUUCUUCAACAACAGAGACUUCUGAACCUACAACAGGACACGGCUCAUGCAGAUACAACUGUGGGGGAUAUUCAUCGGGUUGUUCCUGUGAUUACAGCUGUCAAUUUUAUGGCAACUGUUGUUCUGAUUUCUGUGAUCACUGCUCUUACAUUAAUUACGGAUAUUGCAGUGUUUCUUCAACAACAGAGACUUCUGAACCUACAACAGGACACGGCUCAUGCAGAUACAACUGUGGGGGAUAUUCAUCAGGUUGUUCCUGUGAUUACAGCUGUCAAUUUUAUGGCAACUGUUGUUCUGAUUUCUGUGAUCACUGCUCUUACAUUAAUUACGGAUAUUGCAGUGUUUCUUCAACAACAGAGACUUCUGAACCUACAACAGGACACGGCUCAUGCAGAUACAACUGUGGGGGAUAUUCAUCAGGUUGUUCCUGUGAUUACAGCUGUCAAUUUUAUGGCAACUGUUGUUCUGAUUUCUGUGAUCACUGCUCUUACAUUAAUUACGGAUAUUGCAGUGUUUCUUCAACAACAGAGACUUCUGAACCUACAACAGGACACGGCUCAUGCAGAUACAACUGUGGGGGAUAUUCAUCAGGUUGUUCCUGUGAUUACAGCUGUCAAUUUUAUGGCAACUGUUGUUCUGAUUUCUGUGAUCACUGCUCUUAUAUUAAUUACGGAUAUUGCAGUGUUUCUUCAACAACAGAGACUUCUGAACCUUCAACAGGACACGGCUCAUGCAGAUACAGCUGUGGGGGAUAUUCAUCAGGUUGUUCCUGUGAUUACAGCUGUCAAUUUUAUGGCAACUGUUGUUCUGAUUUCUGUGAUCACUGUUCUUACAUUAAUUACGGUUACUGCAAUGUUUACUCAACAACAGCACAAACAUCAGGUGGAUCUUGUGGAGGGUAUCUUGAUGCUGCCUAUGGGUCUGUUCUCAGCCCCAAUUAUCCACACCCCUAUCCAAAUAAUGCACAAUGCACUUGGUAUAUAAGAGGAGACAGAAACCAAAGAAUAAAGCUGGAAUUCACGUAUAUUGAGCUGGAAUAUACAUCAGGGUGCUCAUAUGAUUAUAUUGCAAUAUACGAUGGGCCCUCAACAAAUUCUGUUUUGCUUUCGAAAUUCUGUCAUGGAUCAAAUCAGAAAUUUAUAUCAUCAUCGAGCAGUAUGACAAUAUAUUUUAGAUCUGAUUCCAGUGUUACUAGACGUGGGUUUACAGCAAACUUCUACGCUCUGCCAAACAAUGAUGAUUUUUUAACCUGUUCAACAGAUUAUAUGGAAGCAAAACUUAGUAGGUCCUAUCUCCAACUUCUGGGUUUUAGUAUACACAGUCUUUAUCUGAAUGAUCGAAACUGCAGGCCAACAAUAACAGCUAAUGACGUGGUGUUCAAAAUACCACUCAAUAGAUGUGGUACAGAAUCGCAGGGAAACAAUGGCAGCAUCAUAUAUUCCAAUACCAUCCGAUCUUCACCUUCUGACACAAUCAUAACUCGUGAAUCAAACCUACAGUUCAAUAUUGGCUGUGAAAUGCAACAGGACACAAUGUUUAAAAUAAUGUAUGUGACAAAUGAAAACAUGAUAGGUGAUAUAGUGGAAAAUGUAACAGAAUCUGGCACGUUUAAUGUCAGCAUGACAUUCUAUGACUCGCCAUCGUUUACCAGACCAGUGCUAGCUUCACCUUACUAUGUGGAUCUGAGGCAGAACCUGUUCCUGCAAGCUAAUCUGCACAGUUCAGAUACUCACCUUGUAGUAUUUGUGGAUACCUGCACAGCGUCACCUUACAACUUUGACUGGACAUCAAGGACCUAUGAUCUAAUAAAGAAUGGGUGUGUUAGAGAUGGGACAUACGAUACGUUUCCUUCACCAGCCAAUGGUGUUGUACGAUUCAAAUUCAGUGCUUUUAAAUUCCUUAACCUUCACUCUUCAGUCUACCUGCAGUGUAAAUUUGUGGUCUGCAAAGCUUAUGAUUAUUCUUCUCGUUGCUACCGUGGGUGCAUAUCGCGACAAAAAAGGGCCACAAGUUCUUCAAAGGGAAGCACUAAUGUCCAAAUAGGACCCAUUGAACUGAAAAAAGAUCUAAAAUACUAUGAAGGUGGAGGAAUUGAUAAAGAAAUGGAUGAAGCUGAUGAGACAACAAUCCAAUCCAGUUUUCCGUUUGUUCUGUCUUUGUUGGUUCUGGUUGUGGUUGUUUCAGUUUUGGUUGCCAUGGUGCUAAAACUAUACAACAACAAACAAAGAGACAGUGCUUAUGAGCAGCUUGGAAGCAAUUUACCAAAUUUAGCCUCUCACCAAAUGGAAUAGUUUGUGGAAUUCUGCUCUGAAGUGAUCCUAUCUAUCAAUAAUCAAGAUGAUUAACUUGAACACUGCUUACCAUUCCACAUCAAUCUUACUGCAGGGACAAAAAUCAAGGGGUGAUCAAAAUGAAUGUAAAGAUUAUCUAAAGCAACUAACUUGGCUGCUGAGAUCAAUAAAUGAGAAUAAGUCAUCUACUGUAUCACAAUAAUUGCUAAUUAGAAUAUAACAAUGCUUGAAUUUAUUUGUUCAAUUGUUUCAAUUUUCAUUAAAUCUGUUGCAAAAAACUUGUUACCUACAAUUAAUAGUAAAGCAAUAAAAUAUUUUUUUUUG